AUGGCGGAAAGAGAAAUGGCGUUCAGUGGUGAAAGCUCGUCAACUUCGGCGCCUGUAACUGUUGAUGAUACUAGUAGUAUGAGGACAAUUGUUAAUAAUGUGGUGAAUCACCCACAAUUUCGCUCACUUUUGAACGAUGCAGUUGGGUCUUCUAGACAAACACCUGAGCAUAUAAAUCGAAGUAGAACGAAUACAAACAAUGCAACAACUACGAACUCGUCUGCAAAUCUUGGCCUUGGGAGAGCGACAUAUUCCAGUCCAGUUGAGGAAUUCCGUUCCAUUUUUCGAUUUGGAAGUACUCAAGGACAGCAAGGAGGAGGUACUGUCGCUUCAUUCAGCUCCAUUGGUUCCUCUAUUGGUUCAUCUACCCGUGCGAGAAGCCGUUCGCGAAAUAGAAGAAGCCAAAGGUCUUCAGCAUCCACCUCAAUAAACCCAUGCACGAAUUUUGCAAGAGAAGUUGUUUUGGUAAACAGUCCUACCGACUGCACCACAGUUAGAGGAAAGGCUAAAGCUGAUCUCAUGAAGAACGGACAGGUGAUCAGUUCAUUUGACUUUAAAAAAGGUUGGUCGGAUGAGGAAAUAGAAAAACAGAUUGGUUUGGCCUUUGAAGAAAAACUCCAAGGCUCAAGGUUUGUGGCUAUACCGUUCGACAAUUAAGGAUUUAAGGUGCAUAAAAUGGGAGUAGAGAGUUUAUAUGAAAAUGCUUUGCAAAGUAAUAUUAAACUGUCAAAUAUACAUUUUUGGACUGUAUUUGAGUUUUCAUUUAUUUUUUACUGAAGCUUUAAAAUCAAGGUUGGGGUUGGUUCUCAACUGGUUGAACCAGCGCUUAUGGCCAAUCAAAGAUUGAAUGGUGAAAGGCUUUGCAGACUAUUUGCUCAGAAAACUGUAUGGAUUGUUCCUAAUAAAUGUCUUCAACCGAAUGAUCAGGUAUAGAAUUGUUGUGGUAGGUAAACUAAAAUAGAUCAUAAAACGUUACACUUUUGAGACAAUUAAUAUUGGGCUAUUGCAAUUUUUAUCUGCACUCCCUUCCCCUGUCGAAGAACCUUAGUUGGAAUUCCAAACAGGAGGGGCACUUAAGGAGAUGGGGGGGGGGGGUCAGUUUAAAAUUGCAUUAGCCCAUUUCUUACUUCUCCAUGUUUAAUAGCUUUGUGAAUAUGUUCUUAUAUCUUGUAUUUUUUUUCAGUAUUCUAUAGAUGAUAUUUUUUCUGAAAGUGAUGAGGAGAAUAAAAGUUAGUUACUUUUAUUUACUAUUCAUUACCACUGUGUUGUAAAAUUGAAAAGCAUCUUUUAUCAGAUUUUGCUAAACAGAAAGUUGCUUCCUUUUUUGACUGAUUAAAGUGUUCAGAAUUAUUUAUUGAGGAAAGUUUGUGUUAAAUAACCUGGGUUCAUUGUAUUAAUUCAUCACUGUUAUGUGCCGAUCAACCCCCCCCCCCCCCCCCACAAGAGGGGCAUUUGCCAUUCGGCAUUUUCCCUAGGGGAGUGCAUUUGUUGUUGAGAAAAUUUAAACCGGCAGGGGCAUUUGAUUCCACUUAUAAUGAGGACGAGGAAUUGACCACAACUAAAAAACUUUUAGAAAUCAAAAAUCUUUUAGUUUAUCAAACAUGAAGACUAUUAUAGAUAGACUUGCUUCCCACUGACACAAGAAACCACAGGCUUUAAUGUGUCAAUCAAAAGCACAUUUUUUGUUUUUGUGUUUUCAAGAAAAUUGCGAGAUGUUUAUUAUAAAAUGCAUUGGGUCAUUCCAGAAAACAUCCAUACCACCCCCGCGGAGGAAAUAGGAAGUUAACCCCCCCUACCCCCUUCGGAUGUCCUAAUACAUUUACUAUUAUCAGAAACAUUUUUUCUCCCCUCCCCCUCCGGACGGCAGAAAUUUCCUCCGUGGGGGGAGUAUGGAUCUUUUCUGGAACGACCCAAAUUUAAAGUCAAAAUGUGAAUUAUGUUCAAAGUUGAGAGUUGAAAGUUGAAGAAUUUUAACCUUCAAAUUAAAUUUACAAUGGAUUUAAAUAUUUUGACCACCACUUAGUUGUGGAACGUAGGGCACUUGACCUUCGUUUUGAUUGGUGCAUUAAUCUUAUGAAUGUUCUUAAAAUUGUAUAAUAUAAUUACUCAUUUUUUUAAUUGCAGGUCCUGGUAAUUGUGUUGAUUCUGAAAUUUGUGAGUUAAGGAGCCUUAAUGAUGAAAAAGAAGUUGAGGUUUGUUCUUUCAUCGACACUCAAAAUGAUUUUAUUUUAUUAGAGAGUCUCAGUGGGGUUUCGGACUGCAUGUCAGUUGUCAGCUAAAAAUCAAGCCAUUUGUCAACUGACAGUUAAAUAUUUUAGUGAAUGUCAGUUUACAGUUUGACCAGAACUUUUCUCAUUGUUUUGUCAGUUGACAGUUUUAGACGAUUUGUUAGUUGUCAGUCAUUAUCGAUUUGUUUCAUUUUUGCACUUCUCUGUAGGUAAUAUUCAACCAGUGAAAUGGGAUUCAAAGGACAAACAGCUUUUCGCCAUUUUGGAUGAUAUUUGCAUUGCAAAUAAGAAAAAUCCUUUGUCAAUGUCAUCCAACAUGAUGGUGACGUAACUUGCACACCACCUAUUGUACCCUUGGUUUUGUCUUAAUUUCUUUCAUUUAGUUCUACACUCAACUUGUAAACAUUUUUUUUAGGAAUUACCCAGUGCUCCAAAAUUAUCUGACGAAACAAAUGACAAAAGUCAAUUGGAAGCCAUUUUCCCUGGUGAAACACCAGAAAGAAUUGCGAAGGCUUUAGAAGUUGGACGUGAUAUGUCUGGAGCAGUUGAUUUUCUUCUGUGUGAUCAAAAUGAUAGUAAGUGUUCCACAUACAUCAAGGUAAAUAGAGAAAUUUGCACUCCCCCCCCCCCCCGAAAUUUGGAUUAAAUUACAGUUGUAUGGUUUAAAUAAGGUCAUAGUUUUUAUUGCAUCAAAAUGAAACAUCAAUACCCUGUAAUUUAAAAGAAAAUUCAAGCAUGUUGAACUAAAUGGGACUAAAAUUCUUAACACUUUUAACAUUCUAUCCAGCCACCCUCUUCCCCCAGACCAUUGCUGCAGCUUGCUCAGUGGCACUAAACAUCACUUAUAUAUAUUCUUACAAUUUGCAUAAUCGCUUAUAUAUAAUUAUAAUUUGCACCCCCCCCCCCCAGGGACAUAACAAGACGCGAUAGUUGGGGGGGGGGGUGCAUAUUCGUAUAUGUCUAGCUUGCAUGUUAACGAGUACACAGAUUAAAAUGCUAACUAAAAUGGGGCGCAUUAAGGGUUAAAACAAGUCACCUCGUAUUCUCUGUUGGCUAGGCGAUGAAGAGAUUUGGAACAGCCCUCUUGCAUCAGCUAAGAGUAGAAGAUUAAACCACUUGGAUGCUAUGCAAGUUUUCAUCGGAGACAUUGCCCUACCAGCCACACUUGAAGUGGACCUUACCAUCAACCGUGAUAAAAGUGUUAUGCAGCAAGUGAUUAGAAGAUACAAGAAUCCACAAUUCAAAUUAGGUGCUCCUCUCAAUGUUCAGUUUAUAAGUUCUGGCACUUAUGAGCAUGGGAUUGAUGCAGGAGGGCCUACAAGGGAGUUCUUUAACAUAUUGAUGAAGGAAAUUGUGUCUUCCUGUUUAAAUGGCGUAAAAUUAUUUGAAGGAGAAAUUGGGCAUUUGCUACCAGUGUCCAAUUAUGAUCUUGUAUCUGGCCACUUCUUUGAACUGGUCGGAAAGAUGGUUCUCCAUGCAAUAAUCAACAAAUGUAAAGGUUUGAAAGGCAUUUCACCCGCUGCCAUAAAGUAUGUUUUAAAUGAUAGAAGAGACACUGUGCUGGAAGAUGUCACAUUGCAUGAUAUACCAGAUCCAUGUCUGCGCCAAACACUUACAGAGGUAAAGAAUUGUAUGCUAUUUCUUUACUGCUUGCAUCUAUCUUUACCUUCUAAACAUAUUUUUUCGAACAGUUUUUUUUUCAUCAAGCACAUGUCUAAGUUGACAGGGUGCACUCUUCGUCACCACCCCCAAAUUAUAUCAAAAUCUCCAUAAAUUAUAGCCUGCUCACAGACGUUGUUAUUCUUACACCAACCCUGUGAGCAGGCUACAUAAAUCAUGGAAACUUCACUAUUUGACCAUUGAUCCAAAAAUUUUUAAACCGUGAAAAUCUGCCUAGAUGUUUUGCAUAAGAUGAUCGUUGGCAAAACAAAAUGACAACAUUGAAAUCAGCAGCAGUUGGGAAAUUUAUUCUCUUAUUUUAUUUAGCUUUUGAAUACUCCAGAAAGUGACCUUGGAAAGUUCAUGGAUAGCAAUGAUGAGUGUUACUUGGGUGACACAUUAGUGGCUGCUGGAUUUCCUUAUCUUGAAAUCACAUCCUCAAAUAAAUUGAUGGCUUAUGAGUGUGUCUUAACACACAACGUCAUCACUAAGCGGGCAGUUGUUCUUGAUGAUCUCAAGAAAGGUCUUAGCGCAGAAAGGUCUAUGGGAAGCACUCUACUUAACCUCGUCCAUCAACACCCAGAUAUUAAGCAACUUCUUUUUCCCGACGCAGACAGUUCCAUCGAUUUGCAAGAGCUGAUGAAGCUUGUUGACUAUGAUGUUACAGACGAUAAUUACAAAAUUACUGCCAAACAGCAUAUGGAAAAAUAUUUCAAUGUUCUUUCGGAGAGAGGUAAGCCAACCAUGCCUGUAUAUUUAGUUUUUUUUGCAGGUAGCCCAAAAAAAUUUGCAGUUGGAUCUGCGUGGUCUAAAUUUGCCCUCUUCGCUUGAGGCUUGCAAACUGCGACAGGGGACGGGGCACCAAAGAAUUUUUUUUGAGUUAGGUUUCGUAUUGUCAAAAUUAAGUGUCCGCUAAUUUGCUCAAACCCAAUUGACCAUUUGCGUAAUAGACUAAAUUUUUAUCUAAACAGGUUUAGACAAUUUCAUCACAGCUUGAAAGAGCAUCACAAAAUUAGUAAUAUUCCAAAGUUUCGUUACGAAAUGCUGUAAAAUGCGGAAAAUAUAGCCUUGCGAAGUUUGCAUUUUUCAGUCAUUUUAGAUUACAAACGCGAAAUUGACAGCCUCGAAGGGUUUGGGGCUGUCAAUUUCCCGUUUGUAAUCUAAAAUGACUGAAAAUUGCAAACUUCGCAAGGCUAUAUUAUCCGCAUUUUACAACAUUUCGCAACGAAACUUUGGAAUAUUACAAAUUUUGUGAUGCUCUUUCAAGCUGUGUUGAAAGUUUUGUUGAGAUCAAAAUUUAGUCUAUUACGCAAGUGGUCAAUUGCUCGAAAGUGCGGUGCUAUUGUACAUAGUGGGGGCCAAAUACAAAUAAUCAACUUGAACAAGUCCUAGAAUAUUUUCAAUGUUGGUAAACAUUUUUCAAACGGUGACUGUGUGUCUUUGCGAUCUUAGUUUAGUGAUGUACUUACUUGGGGUUCCGUGUAUCCCCAGUGUUGGCCAAGGGAGGUUCAAAUGACUGGGAUAUCGGCAAGUAUGUCAUUUUAGGCCAUAUUUUGUAUGAGCAUUACUGUGCAUGCUCGGCUAUUGAUGAGUGAAAUUGUUUGGUGUUACAGUAAUACUUAAUAAUCUUAAUAUACCGAGUAAAAAGAAUAAAAUAGAGUACUAUUAGGUUCCACUGCAAUCAAUAGGUUAACAAAAGAUAUUCCAGAUUAGCAUAUAGUUGGUUAGUUCUUCAAAUUGCUGGAUGCUCUGUUAUGUUACUAAUUUGAUAAAUAUAAUUAUAUUUUCCACUAUAGAAUACAGAUGUAAGUCUGGUUAAUUUAAGGUGAUACCCAACUCUCUCUUUGAAAGUGAAAAAAUUAGGUCUGAUUUUUGAAUAGAUUAGAAAAAAAUCUACACUGCCAAUUCUUUACAAAAUCAAUUACUUAUGGUUGUCAUAGCAACAGCAUAGGUAUUGUUCGCUAUAAAUUAGCAUGGUUGAUAAGUAAAUUUCAAUUUAAAUAAACUAGGUAAAUUUCUCAUGGCCAAAAACUGCAGGGAUCAAUCCUUAAUAUUCUAUUUUAGGAAACUCAGAAGAAACACUAGAAGAUCUUUUACAAUUCUGGACUGCUUGGCCCGGUAUUCCAGCAAUGAAAGAGGAUAUGAAAGUCGGUUUUUUACCGAAUGAAGCCAGUCAAGUGUUAGCUAUUGCAGAUGCAUGUUUUAAUUCUAUUAAAAUCCCAACAUGCCACACAGAUUUUAAGGAGUUUCUUAAAUUCAUGGACCUUUCUGUGUCUCAUGGAAAGCACACCUUUGGAAGGAUGUGA